ACCUGGUCAUAUGCUCCUCAAGAGCUAGCUACACUCCAGUUAUAGAAGCUCAAAACAUUUGCCAAACGGCGCAAUGGCUAUCUCCUCCGGUCUUCCAGCUCCUUGCUCUCUGCUCCUGAUGGCAACCCUGCUGCUGCUGCUCAUCGUCCAAGCGCAGAGCGCCACGAGGCACUACAAUUUCAAUGUGCAAAUGGCGAACGCGACGAGGCUGUGCGGCACCAAGAGCAUCGUGACGGUGAACGGCGAGUACCCCGGCCCGGCGGUGGUGGUGAGGGAGGGCGACCGCGUCGUCGUCCGCGUCACCAACCACGUCGCGCACAACGUGACGCUGCACUGGCACGGCAUCCGGCAGCUGCGGAGCGGCUGGGCCGACGGGCCGGCGUACGUCACGCAGUGCCCCAUCCAGACUGGCCGGAGCUACGUCUACGCCUUCACCGCCACCGGGCAGCGCGGCACGCUGUGGUGGCACGCCCACAUCUCCUGGCUCCGCGCCACCGUCUACGGCGCCAUCGUCGUCCUCCCCAAGCGCGGCGUGCCUUACCCGUUCGCCGCGCCGCACAAGGAGGUUCCGGUCAUCUUCGGCGAGUGGUGGAGGGCCGACACGGAGGCGGUGGUCAGGCAGGCGCUUCGGACCGGCGGCGCACCCAAUGUCUCCGACGCCUUUACCAUCAACGGCCUCCCCGGGCCGCUCUACAACUGCUCUGCCAAAGACACUUUCAAGCUGAAGGUGGAGCCCGGGAAAACGUACAUGUUGCGCCUCAUCAACGCCGCGCUGAACGACGAGCUCUUCUUCUCGGUCGCCAAUCACACGCUCACCGUUGUCGAGGUCGACGCCGUCUACGUCAAGCCCUUCACCGUCGAGACCCUGGUCAUCUCCCCGGGCCAGACCACCAACGUACUCCUCACCGCCAAGCCGUUCUACCCCAAGGCCAACUUCUACAUGGCCGCCGCGCCCUACUCCACCAUUAGGCCCGGCACCUUCGACAACACCACCGUCGCCGGCAUUCUCGAGUACCAAAAGCCCGGCUCCCCCUCCAUGCCAAGCUUUGACAAGGACUUGCCGCUGCUCAAGCCGACCCUGCCGCGGUUCAACGACACCGGCUUCGUCACCAACUUCACCUCCAAGCUCCGCAGCCUUGCCACGCCGCAGUACCCGGCGGCCGUGCCACGGUCGGUGGACAAGCGGUUCUUCUUCACGGUCGGGCUGGGCACGCUCCCCUGCCCGGCAAACACGACGUGCCAGGGGCCGACCAACAAGACGCAGUUCGCGGCGGCCAUGAACAACGUCUCCCUGGUGCUCCCUUCCACGGCGCUCCUUCAGUCGCACUUCACCGGCGUGUCCCGGGGCGUCUACGGGUCCAACUUCCCGACCACGCCGCUCUCGAGAUUCAACUACACGGGGGCGCCGCCUAACAACACGAACGUGGCCAAGGGGACGAGGCUCCUCGUGCUGCCGUUCAACACGUCGGUGGAGCUGGUGAUGCAGGACACGAGCAUCCUCGGCUUCGAGAGCCACCCCCUGCACCUGCACGGCUUCAACUUCUUCGUGGUUGGCCAAGGGUUUGGCAACUACGACGCCGUCAACGACCCGGCCAAGUUCAACCUCGUCGACCCGGUAGAGCGGAACACCGUCGGGGUGCCCGCCGGCGGGUGGGUGGCCAUCCGCUUCCUCGCUGAUAAUCCAGGUGUAUGGUUCAUGCAUUGCCAUUUGGAGGUGCACACGACGUGGGGAUUGAGAAUGGCGUGGCUGGUGCUAGACGGGGGCCUUCCCAACCAGAAGUUGCCUCCGCCGCCGGCCGAUCUCCCGAAAUGCUAGGCGCGCACGCUCGGAGCCGCUGGUUUUUCUCUUUUGAUUUGUUCGCCAAUGUGCGAUUGAUGUCUCUUGUUGAGGGCUGUAAGUAGCUUUUCUCUUUCUACCAGUAUACUAGUACAACAAAUCCAAAAAGUAUACUAGUACAACGGUAGGCCCGUAAGGAUUUGAUUUUUCUGGAUUUUUUUGAAUUUUUUUAUGAACCCUGUAAACUUGA